UGGGAUAAAUGUCUGCCCCUUCGUUCCAGUCCUGGAGUUAAUUAGCAACGACUUCAGAAGCAUAUCCAUAGCAAUAAAAGCAUUAAUUGGAUGAUGCAUUUGUGGGGGCUGUUUGCGCUGUUUGCAGUGGUUGCUGCAAACAACAAGCAACAAGAUUACGGUGAUGACGUCAUCGAAGUUAGAAAUGCUUUACAUCGUGAACAAGACGGUGGUGUCAAUGACGGCUAUUCAGACGAUCUUGCAGCUCAAAAAACCGAUGAAAAUGUUAUUCCGAACGUCACUCCACAAAUUUUUGGGCGAGACUCUCAUCCACAACAGACGUAUGAUGACGGCCGGGCGAGACUCUUCUUCUUUGCAACGAGCAGCACUACAACAAAGUUCAAGCUGGCAUUUGUUACGUCAACAACUCCCUACACCUGCGUAAAAACUGCGAGUGACGCGAAGUGUGCUGGACGUCGACGCCGAAGUUCCUUGCUCAUGCGUAACGCCAUACCGAACAUUAAGACGAUGUUAAACGAUGUUGUGAUCAAUGGCUCGAUCGACGACGUGGAGUCAGGGGACGACGAAGUCUCAUCAGAGCGAGAGCCCCGUAACUUCCUGACGGUGUGGACAACGAGUUUCUCGACGAGGACGGUGACGUCCUACGUCACUGACAGAGGCGUGACGGUGUCUGUCUCAGCUUACUGCACGGGCAGCGGAGUGCCAGGCUGUGCCGUCUAGACAGGAGAGAGCCUGAGACGGCUGAGAAGGACUAGACUGAUGUGGUUUCCCCAGGAUCAUCGGAAACUUGUGAGGGACUCGACGGCUCUUAUUCUCCAAGGUCUUAAGGCUGCUUUGAGGACUCGACUGCUUUAAUUUUCCUUGCUUUGGGGAUUUUUGGGGCUUAUGGAAGCACUGUUAAAGAAAUGUUUUAAAUAUGUUAAAUGUUAAAGAUGUUUGGUUCCGACACGAAAGUUAUUUCCUAAUAAAUAGCAAUAGGAGUUUGCACCGAAAAGUCUUCUUAUAUUUAUUCAACUACCGGAGGAAAUUUUCAACAGUAAUAGCAGGUAGGCAACAUGUGGUAUAGACAUAAGUAUUGCAAUUGAAUUUAUUUUGUGUGGAUCUGAGAUAUUAUGACUCCAUGAUACGAAAUACAUGCUGAUCUUUCA